ACACCGGCGGUUGCGCCAACACCGCCCCACCAAUCGGCACCAGCCCAGGUCUCUCCGUUGGCGCAGCUCGCCCAAUUCAACCCGCCACGCGCCAUCAUCACCACACCAUCACCAUCUUCCACAACCACAAUGGCGCCGGCUCAAGGGCCUCCCCUCUCGCUGCGGCCAUUCCCAGUCGCCGACAAGAGCCCCAAGAACCUGUCCGACUUCAUCGUGCGCGUCAAUUCGCUAACGGGCGGCUUCCGCUCUGUCACCGAAGCCAAGCUGCAAGAAGAGAUUCGCACAGGCGAGAACCCCAGCGACGAUGACGACUCGGACGAUGUCAGCAUGGCAGAUGGCAACGAAGAUGCCGAUGAAUCCAGCAAAGACCCAGCGCAGGCACGCAUGGAAGUGCUGCGAAAUCUCGACAUUGCCGGCAACAACGCCAUGCUAACCCUCGACUCUCUCUCCCUCCUCCUCUCGAAGCAGAAUCCCACACAGGCCAGCGUCACACUCUCCCAGCAGCUGCGCGACAUGGUCGGUAUCGGCACCCUCGGGUCCGACAAGCUCAACGACACCAACGCCACGGCCGAGAAGACCAAAGACGAAGAGACCGUCGCCAUCGGCUGGACGCUCAUGGAGAUCAACAAGACCCGCAAUGCUGCACAAGAAGCUUCGGCCCUGCUCGAAAAAGAAAUCGAGGCAGAAGGCAAAUACUGGGAAGGCAUCAUGGCCGUCAAGAAGGCCGGCUGGUCUAUCUGCAAGGUCCCCCACGAGCGACACACAUUGGGCGUCCGCUUCGGCUUCUCAGAAGCUGCCCUCGAAUUCAAAUCCAACGGUCUAGCCGCCAUGCGCCGCCUCGAAAACGGCUCUGUCGACCUCGACUGUGGCCGCCUUGGCCGCAUACAGGAACGUAUCGUGGUCUCCUACCUGCGCGACAACCAAGUAACCGGCCGCGCAACACUGCACGACAACAAUAUGGGCGCAGACCCUAGCCUCGAGCACCGCGUACUCGGCGCCCGCAACACAAUCUUCGCCCAAGAGCUCUGGGGCGAGCUUGUCCGCGAGGCGCGCACUCUCGCAGCCUACGACGUCCGUCCUGACGACAAGAAGCUCACCUGCGAGAUCGAGCCCGGCGUCAAGCUCGUCAUUGAGCUACUGCCCACGGAUCAAGCGCAAAACGACCCAGCCGCCAUCAACCUCCCCGACAACACUGUCGCCGAAACCAUCUCCGCCUCGCUACACAUCCUCCUAACAUACGCCCACCGCUGCAACGAGCUGGUCCGCAUCCGCCCCAUGCCUCCUCACAUCUCCCGCUCCCGCGGACCCCAAACAUAUACCCUCCUGCGCCCCAUCAUUGCGCGCAUCAUCUCUGCCCGCAGCACCGCCGCGUGCACAGCGUACGUCGGCGGCAUCAUCUCUGCGCUUAAGCUCGCAGGCCUCUCCUCGUCAUCCUUUACUCUGCGCACAUCACAAACUUCUACGCCCACAGCUGCCGAACAAGCCGCAUUCGGUUCAAAUAACCUCUCUAGCGCAGUCUCUCUGAUCCGCAACAUCCUCCAGCCCAUCGAUGUUGCUUUGGAAGUCAACCUCGUCCCCGAUCUAUCAUUUACCAUUCGCGCAAGAACAUACUUAUUCCCUGUGACAGCGACAUACUACCACGUUCUCGCACCGCCAGAGUCGCCACUACACGGCAUCUGCGCGCCAUACGCAGAGGGAUACCCUGAUGUUGCGGCCCUCGCAGACUACCUUCGCACGGCGACGCAGCGCGCACUCGUUGGGUACUGUCUCUCCAAGGUCUCCUCGGAGGGCAAGUGGGCACAGAGUAUACAUGACACCUCCAUUAGUGAUGUGGAUGCCACGUCGACGAAUGUGCUCUUCCGAAUUGAAGAGGAAAACGGAAAGGUAAACGGGCUCGUUGUAGAAAGUAAACCACUGGGUGAUAACAGCACGACGGAGGCAAAGACGUGGAUGUGGAGCGCCACUCUAGAUAAACAGCCCCCAUCGCUUCUUGAAGUCGUUGGCGAGGUGCUGGGAGAGAAGUUAUCAUAGAGUUUAGAAAAAGGUUUAAUUAUGAAUCAAAACAGCCCAUGAGAUUAAGCUAUAUACCUGGUCUGUUGAUGAUGUCGCUACUAUUCUAGUCUUGUUAUAUCCAGCAAAAUUAGCAAAGUCGCUGCUUGUAUCCGUCCUGUCCUGUUGUCAUAAUUCAUAACGCGCCAUUUUAAUUGCCAGUGAAUAAGAACCUGAGUUCGUUGGCAUUCAGCCUGCCAAUCUUGGCGCUCUCCUUUUCAUCUAGUGCCGCUUCGACAACUUCUUGUUUCUUCUCCUUCAGUGCCACGAUUCGAUCUUCCACAGUAUCCUUUGUGAGAAUUCGGUACACCUUGACCUCCUUAGUUUGGCCAAUGCGAUAGGCGCGAUCCACAGCUUGCAUUUCAAUGUACGGGUUCCAGAAUGGAUCCAUGAUGAUAACACGAGUGGCACUGGUGAGGUUGAGUCCUGCGUUACCAGCACGCAGGGAAACCAACAUAACACGGACAUCGCUCUUCUCUCGGAAAUCCUUCGCAGCCUGGGCACGUAGCUCGCCAGACAUGCUUCCAUCAUAGCGGCGCGGCCGGUGGGAGAAGUCUUCGUGGUACAUAGCGACAUCGAUGAGGUCAAGGAGUAGUGUCCACUGCGAGAAGAUGAUGGUCUUUUCGCCUUCUGCGUCGGAUUCGUGAAGCAACUUCAUGCACUCAUCAAUCUUUGCAGCAGGCAUCCAAGUCUCACGGAGAUAUGCCAUGUAUUUGCGGUAGGAAUCCUUAUUCUUUGCUGCAUCCUUACGGAGCUGCUUGAGCGUAGAUGGCUUAACGUCACUAGUCUUCGCCUUCUCUUUACCCUUGCCGUUUUUCUUGACCUUAGCUUUGGCUUUGCCCUUGCCUUUAGACUUCUUCUUUGGCUUGGGUUCUGGCAUGGGCUUCUCUUCAAGCUCUUCUUUGGGCAGUUUCGAAUCCUCAGUCUCCUCCACCUUUGCAUCAGCGGAUUCAGCAUCUUUAUCAGGCUUUAUAUCUUCGUCGGAGUCAUCGUCAAAGAAUCCGUCGUCAAUGAAACCCUUCAGGUUGCCUUUCUUGUCGACUUCAUCUUUCACAAUUGGUUCGUCCGGCUCAUCCUCGCUGUCGCCGAUUUCAUCGCCACUACUAUCGUCUUCAUCGUCGCUAUCGUCCUCAUCAUUGUUGUCCUCCUGAUCCAGAGCUUCAGGCAUAUGAACUUCCUGGAAAGCCUCAUACGUAAAGCACUUGCGUGGGUCAAACGGUCCACGACAAACCGGACACUUUGCCUGAGAGCUUUCAGUGCCCUCCUGGAGAUUCUGCGUAGCAGCGUUGUCUGCAAUCCUGCUCAAACAUUGCUUACAGCUGUCGUGGCCGCAGGGAAUAAAAAAAGUUGGCGAUUGAACAGCAUCAUAGCAUAUAGGACACUCAAAGGCCUCCAUCUCCUUUAUUCGUCUUACAAUGGUGGGGUCCAACUUCUUGACAAGCUCAACCAUGUCUUCAUCAGUGUAUGGACUAACAUCAUCCACAUCAAGAUUGAGAUGGGGAUGGCAGCACGCUUGGCGCAGCCGCAGCAAAAGCACAAGAAUACUGGAGUAGUUUUUGCCAACAGUGCCCUCUCGAAGAUACUUGCUGAACAGAACCUGGGACUUCAUUUCGAGCUGCUUGUAAAAGCCACGCUCAUCUUCCGACAAUUCGGCAUAUACGACCUCCUCUGUCUUCGGUGGAAGUCGCAAAAUGGGCUUACCAUCCAACAGAGAAUCCUUUUUCCGUCGCAGCAUCACGGCUUUCAGCAACGCACGCAAGCCAUCCAUGGCCUUGUGCUUUGGGUCACCUUGUUUACCAAAGAGAACUCCGAACGAGUGUCGAAACUUCUCCCACUGAUGGUACGGUUUGAUGCGUAGAAAUCUGAGCAAUGGGUAAAGCUCGAGGACUCCAUUCAUCAUUGGUGUUCCAGUCAAACACCAUCGAUAAGUAGCUCUCAACGCAUGGCACGCUUUCGAUGUUUGUGUCAAUUUGUUCUUGAUGCAUUGUGCUUCGUCCAGAAUGAUGCGGUGGAAAAUGGCCUUUUCGGGAUUCAGCAAUGGAAAUUUGAUUCCAACAGCGCGGUCAUUGUAGUCGAUUUGCCUGUCGGCAUUGUCCCUCUGGUAGGUCUCAAGACGCUUGAAUUCUUGGGCAAUGGUACCGUACGUGGUAAGAACAACAUCAUACUGAAGCAGGUCAUCCGACGUAGCUUUUUUGUUGUGAUAUACAAAGACCGACAAGCUAUGCGAUGCUUUUGUUUUCGACUUGAUUUCCUCUUCCCAUUGUCGAAUCAACGAUAGCGGCCCAAUAAUCAAGUUUGUCUUAGGUCGAGAUGUGGCUUUCCUGUCGAGGAUCAACGACAAUGUCGAGAUGGUUUUGCCGAGGCCCAUGUCGUCGGCAAGGAUUCCACCCUUGUUAGUUCCAUCUUCCAUCUUCUUCAUCCAAAUUAGAGCAAGCUCCUGAUGGUGAUAAAGGUCGUUCUUCAGACCUUCGGGUUUCGUUUUUCCUCUGAGGUCCUCAGGAAUAUGAACAUCCGGCUGAACAUUCUUGAGCAGUUCUGCAAGUUCCUCAUCAGAUACUCUCUCAUCUUGUAUAGACUCAAAGAAGCUUCCGAGUCGGCCGCCCAUUGAGCUCAUCAUAUCGCCCAUCGCGCCAUAUCCAAACAUGCUCGUCCUAUUGAUAAUAUUUCCUAGAGCGCCUCCGGGGCCCUGCGAGGGCACAGUCCUAUUUGCGCGUAUAGGCAUCUGGCUAGAGGCCGGAUUUACUGGCAGGAACCCAGGCGGUGGCUGGGCAUUAGCCGGCCACCAGAUAACGGGUCCAGAAGUACCAGGCAUACGAUAGGCAAUAGUUCCAUUCGAUGCAUUCGUUAGUGAUCUAACUGACUGUGGUUGGCUCAGGUUGAUGGGCCGUUGUCGACUAGACCCUGGCAUUGCAUCCCACGCACCGGGCAUUUGCGAUGUCAUUUCGAUUGGCGACGGUGAAGGCGAGGACUCUCCACUAGAGAUGGACUCAUAACCUGGGUACUCUACUUCCAGCGGCGAAGGUCGUGGGGGUCGCGGGGCAUUUGCUCGCUGUGUCUCCAUGAUUCUCGCCAGAGCACCAAACGAUUCAUUCGGAUCGAUUUGUGAGGAUGAAGGCUGGUAAAGGCUAGACUCCUGGCUCAGUUGUUCCGCAAAUCGUCGGUCUUCAACUGAUUGUGUGUGUUGCCUUUCACGGCGGAUCUGAUCGGCCACUAAACUAGCAUCUAGUUGAAUAUCGUCG